AGGAAAUCGAAACAUAUCUGUUUCAUAAACUAGCCGCAACCUUCUAAACUACAAAAUGGGUAAACCCGCAGGAUUGAACGCCGCACGUAAGCUCCGUACUCACCGUCGUGAAGAGCGUUGGGCUGAUGCUCACUACAAGAAGCGCUUGUUAGGUACUGCCUUCAAGUCUUCUCCUUUCGGUGGUUCCUCUCACGCUAAGGGCAUUGUCGUCGAAAAGAUUGGUGUUGAAGCUAAGCAACCCAACUCUGCCAUUCGUAAGUGCGUUCGUGUUCAAUUAAUCAAGAACGGUAAGAAGGUUACCGCUUUCGUCCCCAACGACGGUUGUCUCAACUUUGUUGACGAGAACGACGAAGUCUUGCUUUCUGGUUUCGGUCGUAAGGGUAAGGCUAAGGGUGAUAUUCCCGGUGUCCGUUUCAAGGUCGUUAAGGUCGCUGGUGUUGGUCUUGCUGCCCUCUUCCACGAGAAGAAGGAAAAGCCUAGAGCUUAAAAUCAUUAAUAAA